AUGGGCGGUGUAGGCAAAACAACACUUGCAAAAGUUGUCUUCAACCAACUAUCUUCUAGCUUUCAAGGAUGUAGUUUUCUUGGAGACAUUCGGGAAUCAUCACGACGGAAUGGUCUGGUACAUUUGCAAAAGCAACUAUUGUCAGAGUUUCUUGAUUCUAGGUUUACCGACAAUAUUUGUGAUACGGAUGAUGGUAUCAACAAGAUUAAGAGAAUACUUUGCAAUAAAAAAGUUCUUAUUAUUCUUGAUGAUGUGGAUGAGAAAGAGCAACUCAAAAGUCUAGCUGAUAAAGAUAAUUGGUUUGGUUCUGGUAGUAGGAUUAUCAUAACUACUCGGAACAAAAGUCUCAUAAUGAUUGAGGGAGAAGAAAUAGGUGAAGGCCCCACAAAAAAGUCAGCAAACGUUUCAACUUAUGAAGUACGGGAAUUGGAAUUUGAUCAUGCUCUUAAGCUUUUUAGUAGGCAUGCUUUUAGAAGAGACUUUCCACUGGAUCAUUAUGUCUCCCUUUCAGAAAAAGUUGUCUCCACUUUGGGAAAGCUUCCUUUAGGUCUUGAGGUUAUAGGUUCAUCCCUUAACGGUAAAUCUGAAGCAAUAUGGGAAGACACAUGGAAGAAGCUACAAAAAGCUCCUCCCAUGGAAGUCCAAAGAGCAUUGAUGAUAACUUAUGAAAGGUUAGAUGAUGCACAAAAGCAAGUAUUUUUGGAUAUAGCUUGUUUUUUUGUUAAUGUGGAAAAAACAUACCCUUUCUAUAUGUGGGAUGAUUGUGGAUACUACCCACAUGAUGCCAUUGAAGUCCUUCUUCUCAUGUCCUUGGUAAAAGUCAAAGAUGACAAUACAUUUUGGAUGCAUGACCAAGUGCGGGACCUUGGAAGGGAAAUCGUCCGUCAAGAGAAUAUCAAAGAUUUUUGUGAGCGUAGUAGAGUGUGGAAUCAUGAGGAAGCCUUGAGCAUUUUGAAACAGAAAGAGGGAAAUAAGAAAAUAGAAGCAUUGUCACUAGGAUAUCGUGGAGACAUUGUAAUGCAUGAUGAAGUUGCUAAUUUACGAAACCUGAGGUUCUUUGAAGGGAAUGGGGUUUUCCUUGUUGGAGAUUUCAAUAAUCUUCUCUCCAAUUUAAGAUGGCUUUCUUGGCAAUAUUGCUCUUCCAAGUUUGAGGCAACAAACUUUCAUCCGACUAAUUUAGUCGUUCUUGACCUUUCAUACAGCGAUAUUACGGAGGAAUGGAUUGGCUGGAACCAAAUCAAAGAGGCAAGUAAACUAAAAGUACUAGAUCUUAGCAACUGUGCAUACUUAAGGAGAACACCUGAUUUAUCUACGGUGGUGUCCCUGGAGAAAUUGAUUCUGAAAGGCUGUCGAAACUUAGUUGAAAUUGAUCCAUCCAUUGGUAAAUUAAAGCUCCUAAUUACUUUGAACUUGAAUCAAUGCCAGUCUCUUCAAGAGUUGCCUGAAGAAAUAGGAUGUCUACAAGCUUUGAUGGAGAUUGUCAUGCCUCGUACGCUAGCUGAAUUAAAACUUCCUGAGUCAUUUGGUAAUUUAAAGUCAUUGUUGACCUUUGAUGUAUCAUAUAUGCAUAUCAGUAAAUUACCAUACUCGAUGGGAGGGCUAUUGAAACUUAGGCGGUUAAAUUUAUGCCAGUGUACAAAGAUAAAGGAAUUACCAAAGUCGGUUGGGAAAUUAGAAUCAUUAGUCGAAUUGGAUUUGUCAUUGACAAGUAUUGGUCACCUCCCUGAUUCAAUUGGCAAUCUAAAGCAACUAAAAGUACUUAGAAUUAGCAACAUAAGUGGGAUAACGAAAUUACCAAAUGCAAUUGGACUAAUGGAGAGGCUUGAAGAGUUGGACGCUAGAGGAUGUUGCAACUUGACAGGCGAAAUUCCUGAAGAAAUUGGGAGAUUGUCUUGUUUGAGGAUUUUGGACCUAUCAGACACAUGUAUAUCUGCAUUACCUACUACAGUGAGUUACCUCUCUAAUCUCCAAAUACUUAAUCUAGAACCAUGUCCCGAGCUUAAACAAUUGCCAGAACUUCCCCCAAGCUUGAUUUGUCUGAGAUGGGCCACCGAUACUGUCAUUGAUUCCUACAAAGACAUGCCAUAUCAGCAGGAGAGUGUCUCUAGUCUUCCCACAAGCACCAGUACCCGAUCUCAGCUGGAAACACAAACAUUGUCCUCCAAAAACAUGCAAUUCCUCCCCCAGCUCCUGUCUAGUUUCAAAGAGUUAGAAGUUCAACCUUUGGUGACCACACAAUCGCCAGAUUUUUCCGAUUUAAAUAACUUGUUUCGUAGUUCGAUUAUAUUUGACACUGAGUUGGGUGUUGUCCAAAUGCAGCAUUGCACGUUUAGAAAAUUAGAUGCAUUGUUUCAAUUGGAAAUUGAAAGAUUGAAAUAUUUAAAGAUGCUUUGGUGCGAGUUCCUCCCAGAAGUACUUGAUCUAUCACACAUGAGGAAUCUGCAAGAGGUACAUCUUCUUGGCUGCAAGUUGCUCAUUGAGAUUCGCGGCCUUGAAGAAUUGAGAUCCCUUUGCUUCCUAUCGGUUGUGGAUUGCAAUUCCAUGGAAACGAUGUCAGACCUAUCGAAAUUGAGAAAGCUAAAGAAGCUCAGAGUGGGUGAAUGUUCCAAGCUAAGAAGUGUGGAAGGUCUAAAUCACUUGGAAUCUUUGCGGAAGCUGUGGAUUCACGAUUGCAGGUCGUUGGAGGAUUUGGCUGACAUUUCAAAUUUGGAUUUAAAAUGUUCCACUAUUGAACGUUGUGAGCAGUUGCCCCACCUUGACAGUUUCUGCAGAUGUCAUAAUGUCACGUAUUCUAAGUUUGUUAUAUCCGAACACUCUUGGAUAUUUUGA